AUUUUGUGUGAAGCGAAAUUUGAUUGGCGGAGCACCAUUGAGGUCAAAGUUUCCUUUCCGGAUUCCGAAGCCAACAUGGCGGACAAGGACAAGAAGAAGAAGGAGAGUAUCUUUGACUUGUCUAAAUACAUCGACAAGCCGAUUCGGGUUAAGUUUCAAGGAGGACGAGAAGCUAGCGGGGUCCUUAAAGGUUUCGACCCAUUAUUAAACCUUGUACUGGACGGUACCAUUGAGUAUAUGCGUGAUCCUGAUGACCAGCUCAAACUGACAGAAGACACCAGGCAAUUGGGGCUGGUGGUCUGUAGGGGGACCUCAGUGGUGCUCAUUUGUCCACAGGAUGGCAUGGAGGCUAUUCCCAAUCCUUUCAUACAGCAGCAGGAUGGCUAACACAGCACUUGUUGUGUGUAUAUAUGAGUGCACAUGAGGAUAUUUUGAAAGUAUUUUUUAUGUUUUCCAUUUUAGAAUCUUAGUAGCUGUCAUUUUUUUGUUGUUUUUUUUUUUUUAAACAUAUAUAAGUUAGUCAGCUUAAAAAACUUGCAAACAGUUCACUUUGCCCUGUGUAAAUAUUAGUUGAGGCUUGGAAAAUGCCAGUGUUUUCAUUGUCAAGAAUUAAUUAUCCCAUUACCAUUUGUGCUUGUUUUUGGUAAAAAAAUAAAAUAAAAUUAGAAUAAAAUAAAGCUA